AUGUCCGCAGCCAUGGCGGCUUACGACUUAUCCCGGCGCGCUAACCCGAGCUUCCAGUCGCCUGCCAAGGUGUUUGCCAAGAUGAAAUCCAAAGUGCAGAAGGAAGCCACGUGCGGAAAAGAGGUUUUUAUCGCGAGCAAGGAUCCGCUGUGUGAGGUCCGAGGAAAACAAGAAGCCGCUAAGAGAGCAGCGAACAUCUGGACGCAUACGGAGCUCAAGGAAAACCGGAGGUUGGAUUCCUAUGCCGACGAAGCCCAAGCUUUGACUUUGUCACCCAUAUCGAGCCCUCGGAAAACCUUCGAUUAUACUUGCUCAGACAUUAGCAGCAAGCCGCUGGACGUCACUUCCCCCGGGGGUGAAUCCAUGUGUGGGGGCACCCCGGGAGGCAGAGCUGUCCUGCAGUCAACAGCUGUGGAUCACCCCCUCUGCCUGGUCAGCAGAGAUCAGACUCGUGUGGUAGACCCGGGUGGCUUUCAUGUGUCCAGCAGGACUCCGGUGAACCUACCGCCACUACAGAACUACAGAAAGGAUGACAGCGAGUUUGCUCUUCUAAACAAACACAAGCCACUGGUGGCCAGUGUCCACACCCCCAUGAGGAACAGGCUGAGGAAGAGGAAAUGGGAGCAGCAGGAGGUCAGGAGACCCAGUGGACACACUCCGGGGAGCAAGGAGGACCAAAGUCCAGAGCAAGAAAGAGAAGCCCCAGCUUUAAUGGAGGCUUACGGCCACAACAACACCCCCGGGAGGGGUGUAGUUAAGUCCGCUGACCCCUGUGAGAGGCUACACCAACCCAUGUUCUCCCCACCGGGAUCUGCAGUCCGUAAAGGUUGCAUUGUCACUUUGGAAAAGUGGCCUACGAUGUCCCCGGCCAAAAUGUUUGCACUCAUGAAGGAAAGGGAGAGCAAAAAGGAGCACCAGGACGCCCUGAACAGCAGCAGAAGGGAGCUCUUUGGUCAGGGUGAGGGAGGAGAACGAAAGCCCCCCACCUCGAGGGGAAACCUUCAUCAGUCCAGAGAGACUCCUCUCUCCUCGGCUCAUGCUGUGGGUGACGUGGGGAAUGUCUCCCCCAGAGCCACUCCUGGAAGAAGGGACCCUGUUCCUGGGUGCGGUGCGGCCUCGGUGGACAGCCGGUCGGUGGCCGACGGCUUGGAGGACGCCGCCAUGGCCGCGGCCCCGCCACAGCCACAGCCGGCUCUGGUGGAAGACCCGCUGGUGCUCAACUCUCCACAGAUCUCCAUACCAAAGAUGCGGGGGAGUGUGUUCAAACGGAGUCACUGGCCCAGUCAAAAGAAGUUCCCAGUCAGCCCUAGUUCAGACAGAGAAAUGGUCCUCUGGGAGGAGAACAUACCAUGGAACAGCAACAUCAUUGUGGACAGGGUUUCCGGUUCUGUGCUGAAGACCCUCUCAGGCAGGGUUUACAUCUUAGUGGGGAAGAUGAGGAUAGAUCUUGCCAAGGAUUUCCCAAAUUGGCUUUUGAAAAAAUUCCUCAACGGUUUUCCUCCCAACUGGAAGGCGCUUUACGAGAGGUUUCUGUCGGAGUCGAGGGACGGAGCAGAGAGGAGCCAGGACAGAAGAGGAACCGGAGGGAAGAGUGACUCUGAGCCUUCCUCCGUCAAACACUCUGCCAAGAAGCAAAGACAAAAUCCCUUUAAAACACCCGAGUUUCGUCCCCCUGCCGCCUCCUCCUCCUCCUGCUCCGCUACAAGAAUGUCCCGAAGCGGGCGCGUCAUCAAGCCCCCUCUGGAGUACUGGAAGGGGGGGAGAGUGGUCCUGGACGCCCAGAUGAACGUCACCAUCCACGAGGGCUACGACACCUCUAACGAGGGGGCCGGUGGGUCUGACCACGACCGGACAUAUGAAAUCUGUCUGUGCCUUUCGCAGGAAAUCUCCAUCAUAGCUUCUCCCAGGACGACGCAGAGGCCGGCUCGUGUCUUCCUGCCCAGCAGCGAGGGUAAACCCGUCCCGAGCUGUAGUUCCAGCAUCGGAACAAGCCACAGUGUCGUGGCUGACCGCUCUCUGUACCACUCAGGCCGGAUGGCGAGCGGCUUAGUCUCCGAGGGGGACGCUCCGGUUCCGGCUAAGAGGGUCGGGGCCCUCAGGAAACGGGAGAAGGCCGCCAUCCCGUCGGCCGUGGAGGUGCUGAGCGGCAGCAGCCCCGAGCAGUGGUGUGGCCGGGUGACGCGGUCCAGCCAGUGGCGGCCAGGCCCCACUUCGGAAAGAGCAUCGCACAUGGACGCCGCCCCACAAACGCAAAAGAAACCCCGGAUCCCUUCAGCGAACUCCCCCGAACGUCCUCCGGCUAAAGGUAAAACGGAGCGGCCGUCAUCCGGGGACGAACCCCCCAGAAGGAAAGGGAGACAAAGCCGAAGGGCACACAAGGGGGCGAAGGUCCAAACACCGUCCCCAGGCCACAAGCCUUCAUCCUGCAAGCCAGCGGAGUCCUCUCAGGGGGGCAGGAAAGCUUCCAGGGAGAGGAGCGCCGCCACGAGAAAGAAGGCCGGGGCCCGAACGCAGCCCACGGGCAGCAACGGAGCCCAGACGCCGCCGCCGGCCGAGCCGCCGCUCAGACCCAGGCUGAACAGCAGGAAAGACCCGAGAAAAAGCAGCACGGCCCGGACCCCGGAGCCGGAGGGAGACGAGUGGACGCAGGCAGAGCUCCUGAGGCUGCGGGAGGCUGUGGCCUGCUAUCCGAAGCACCUCCCGGCUUACUGGGCCAAAGUAGCCCGGAUGGUGGGGACGCGCUCGGCCGAGGAGUGCCACCGCCACCACACCUCUCCGGGGACGGCCGAGACGCCGGCCAAAAAGCCCAAAAGCCGCGGAGGGGAAAAAGCCUCCACGGCCAAAGCGGCGGCAGUUGCAGAGUGCCCAGUGAUCUCCGCCCGGGCGGGAACCCUGAAGCGAAAGCAGCAGGUGCGGCAGUUCCUGGAGGCUCUCCCCAGAGAGGACGUGGACGAUGCCUUCAGCUCGGCCUACAUGCAGCACAAACGCUUCGAGGUUCGUCCGGCGCUCGCCUGGCCUUUUCUCGAGACGAGGGGAGCGCUUCCCUUUUUAACCUCUCCGGAUCCGCAGAUCCCCUCGCUGUGUCCGAGCGACGAUCAGGACUUCCAGCUGUCGGAGCUGGAACCCCAGACACCCGUGUCGUCGUGUUUCCCAGAGGUGAAGACUCCACAGUGUCUGCACAUCACCCCCGGGAUGAUGGGCUCCCCAAAUACCAAUAAUGACGACAAAUAUGUGUACCAGCUGCAGAAGAGGAUGAAAAAGAAUCAGUUCGAUGUCCGUAAGAGCUCACCUUCUUCAAAGAGGUUCACGCCCACUCCAUCAACAAAACAACCCGUAAAAAGAAUUGCUAACACAGGAAAUGAUGCGUUUGUCAUUUGGGAGAUGUUCCCUGGAAAUGAGGAGGUGCUAUCUGAAAGCGGAGAGGAAGAGGAUUUCUACUUCUCCGAUGACUGAGUGGACUCCGAGCUGAAAUGGAAUAUCACUAUUUUUAACAAACCCAAAUGAUUGAAACAAAACGUAGCCAAGUCCUGAAUCACACUAUAAUCACCUAUAUAAACAAUAAAUUUGGCAGGAUUAAAAAACACUUUAAUUUGAUGCAGCCUGGUGCUCCUGGUGUCCACCAGCUCCCUGUAAAUAUAGUUUUUGUUUUAAGUCCUUAUUCCCAGAUCAGUUGUAAUUAGAUUUUUAAUAAAUCCUUUUUUUUUUUAAAGACUGAUUGUGUUUGGACCAAAACCGCUGUACAUACUAUGAACACAUUUAUACAAAUCUCACAGUUUGUUAUAUAAAACUGUUUAAGAUGACCAAGUUUAGUAUGUAGAUGUGUAGAUCCUCGAAUUUCAAUCAAAAUAAAUUUGUUGAGGGAUAUUGUUUCUUCACGUUGACUUCAGGGAUGGAAAAUUUGAUCAUUUGAAGUUGUGUCCUGUAAAAUGUAACUGAAGACAACUUUUCUUUCAUAAACCA